UGAGUUAGUUCACUUGCGUUUAUUUAUCUCUGAAUUGUUUUUUGUGUUGUUAUUGUUGUUCGCAUCUUUUAUUAGUAAAGAGAAUGUUGAUAACACUGCAUAGAGAUCAUAACAAAACUGCGCAAAACUUGAAGAUCUGCAGUUUCAAGCGUCACUCAUGCCAUCUACUGGUCCCUUUUCUUGGCGGCAUUAACCAACAAAUAAACGGUAAUCAUACAGCACGUGUUUCCCGCAUCGUUCUUUUCUCCGUUGGCCUUAGAGUGGUUUGUUACCAUUAAGAUUACUGACUAGUCCGUCAUUGUUUUUAAGGUGUACACAAAAUAUUUUCGAUUCGGUAAUCAUGGCGAAAGAUAAAAAAACCAAACUGGGUCUUGUUGUUGCGCGCAAAUCAAUGUCACUCGUUAAAAAGCCGAAGAAAAGUAAGGGCGCGAAUUCAAAUUUGCAAAGUCCCAACGUGUCACAAGAUAUGAUACCACAAACGGUCGAAGAUAACGGCGAGAAUGCUGAGCUUCAAAGAAACUUUGUUGAAAAAGCGGUUGCACGUUGCUUGACAGAAUCUGAAACCCAAACUGAUAGUAAGGAACUUUUUGAUGAUGAUAAAGUCAUUUUCUUGCAAAUCCAAGCUGGUAAAAUUCCAAAAUGUCCGACCAAAACUUUGAACAUCAAACUGCAGCACAGUAUCCUGCCCAAACAACAUGAUAUUUUGCUUAUAUCACCAGAUCUGGAUCCAAAAACUGAUCAUGAAAAGACUAUUGAGCAUUACAGAGAAAUUCUGGAUAAGCAUGACAUCACUGAUGUCAAAGAUAUCAUUCCAUUGCAUCAGUUGAGGCAGGAAUACACUGAGUAUGAAAUGCAGAAUAGGUUGAUGGGAUUGUAUGAUCUUAUUAUAGCAGAUGGAUCAGUGGAUGGCUAUGUGAGGAAACUGCUUGGAAGCACAAUGGGAAAGAAGAACAAACCCUACAGUACCAUCAAAUUGAAUGCAAGCAAUCUUCCCAAAUUGUUUGAUGAAGUUCUCACCCAAAGCUUCUUGAAAAUACAAAGUGCAGGUGAUAACUUUUCAAUGAAGAUUGGGCACACUGGCAUGGAGGAAGAGCAGUUGGUGGAUAAUAUUAUGGCUGUUGCUGAGGGACUCAAGCAGAAGUUUCCUGGUGGCUUUGCUUACAUAAAAGGUCUUUUCUUGAAAACAGCUAAAGGAAAAUCAGUGCAGUUCUAUCUUUCUAGUGCAAAUAUCAGUUCUAUGAAAACUCCUGUAGUCAAAACAGAAACCCCCAAGGUUUCAGUUAAGGACGAGUUGUCUACUGAAAUGGACGCCAAGGUAACUGUGAAGGCAAGCGGAGAAGUCGUAGUGCACAAAAGGGAGAACGUCGAUGAGGAAUUAGCCGCGGCAGCUUGGGAUAAUAAACCGACUCGCGCCCGGAAGGAACCCGAACGCCUGCAGUUUGAUCGCACACCCAAACGUAAAUAUUUGAAGAAAUCCACCGACAAAGAGAAUAUCGGCGAUGAUGAUAAGAAAAAAAAUGGCGCUUCGAAAAAGAAGAAAGCUGAGGCGCCGUUAAAGGAGGCCCUUGAGAAUAAAAAAGGUAAAAAGAAGGCAGUAAAAGCCGAACCGCAGGAGGAUGUCACAAAGGCUGGCAAGCCAAAGCAAGGAAAGAAGCCUAAUAAUGCAGUAACAGUAAAAAAAGAACCAAAUUCAAAACCCGCUUCGAAAAAAACAUUAAAAAAAGUCAAUUCACAAGAGGCAGGUUCCUCUGAGGAAAAACCUGCGAUUGUCACGGAAAAUAAGCCGAAAGUACCGAAGAAGCGUAAAAAUAACGCAGGUGAAACCGGUGAUGCAGUGCCACCGAAAAAGGCUUCGCCAACGCAAAAAGUAGCAGCAGUUAAAAAUGCAAAAAAAGCGCCCAACAAAAAGCAAAAACCUACUGCAGCCAAAACUUCAGAAAAUACCCCAAUUCUUGUUUAGACUAUUAGAAUGAUAUAAAUGUGUAAAACCAAUUCUAUGUAAAACAUUUGAUUAAUAAAUAUUUUGAAAUUUAA